AUGGCAGCUGCGGCAUGGGGAAACACUUUCAGUGACGUUAUUGGGCUGUGGAUCUCUGGCUUCAUUGAGACCUUUGUGGGCAAGACUGGUGUGCCGCACCAUAACUUGACCAGCGGGCAGAUGCCGGAGCCUUGGGGAGCAGCGAUAAGCGAGCAGCAGCUUCAUUGCGAAAUCGUUGUAGGGGUAGUCUAUGCGCUCUCAGAGGGGUUAUGCGGCUAUUGCUCCGAGAAAGGUGUGACAUGCUUCGGUUUCACAAGACCCUGCAUCCCCCAGGGAGCUGCUCCUCGUCCGCAUCGUCAAGAACUCGUCCAUGAUUGCUGGCGCCAGUGGCUGCACAAGAGCUGUAUUGUGGCUGCCGAUUGUGCAUGUGUUGGGAGGACUAUUUUCUGGAUUCAAUUUAUACCACCUUGGUUGGGCUGUGUAUUGGCAUCGCUUCCUUUACCUUCCUUUGCCAAGUGCACAGACUGCACGGGGAUGGAUCCCACAGGUAGACUUAGAUGA